CAGGGAUGUUUUAUUGCAGAUACAGGCAAGCAGCAGCGACGUUAUAUACAAGCCAGCUGGCGAGACGUCGGUCAUGGUCGCCGAACAAGGCAAGGAGGCAGAUGAACAACCGGCAGAGUCCAACUCAGCUGUCGCAAUUGCUCUGCCGGGCAAUCUAACUGAGCUGUCGUACUUGCUCUGCCGGGCAAUACGAUCUGACCUGAGCGAGAUGACACGAGGGAGCUUCACAGGGCCUAGUCAUGCUAUAUGGAGAGCUCUUGAUUCGACGAAUGACGAGGGUGCAGACCGUUGUCCAAACGUGCCGGGCUGAGACGUAAACGCUUGUUCGGCUCAGACGAUGCAUCCUUCGAGUUCCGUGUUCGUGAUUAUGCUUAUCAACUUCGUGCUCCAUGUCGAGGACGAUUCUGACAGGCCCCCAGCUACUCUCUAACCAAGGGUAGGCGUCACACCAAUGUGGCCAAAGUGCAGCGCGUUUCUGUAUAGUCACGGAAAAAAUUCAAGCCCCAAUCGAGAAGGCACCCGCACCCCCCAGUAGAUCAAAUGCCCAUCAGCGGGUCAAAAAAACUGUACUUUUGAGGAUACGAGAGGGCUGUUUACAUUAUGAAGCUUGUAAACUUGUGUUA